AUAGAUGAUUGUUCCUGUCUGAAAAAGAAUGUGAAACCGACAAAAGUAUCUUUGCUACUCAGAAUGCUAAGCAGUAUACAUUCAUUUUGAGAUAUUAUUAAAUAGUAUCAAGGAUUUAUGAAAAGAUAUCAUUAUUUUAAAAUAUUGACUGUAACAUGUGUAACAUGCCUCUGACAGUAUUGUUCCUUUUUCUUAUUUCUUUGCCGGUUUACCCUUUUUCUAUUGAGACAAGACCAUCAAACCAAACACUUGGGAAUUACAUAACGGACGCUCAUUAUAAUGUCUUACUGGAUCUCUUUAAUUUAGAAAGACAGGCACGGUUAAAUCUAGAAAAAUACGUUAUUCGGUUAAAUGAGAAGUUUUCGAAAAUGGAAAAAGUUUCCGAACAUACACAAUCGAAACUUAUCAACAUUGAGAAAUCCCAAAUUAAACAAGAAUGGAAAGAGGAGGUCACUUUACUCAAAAAUCAAACGGAUGCCAUCAGUGAAACUUGUGGACAACUGUUUAUUGAUUAUGAAAUUCUCAAAAAGGAUUUUACUUUUAUCAAACAACAGGCACAGAAACUUCAGAAUGAAGUCGUUGAUUUGAAAUACCUUAAGUCGGUUGCACAACUGCAAACUGUUGACACACUAAAUAAUGUGACAAAACGAUUGGAAAAGGAAAUUCAACACACCAAUGAUAAUUUUGAAGUACUUGUAUCUGAGGCAAAUAAAGCACACAAAAAGGAUUUCACUUCUUUGGUAAACAAUGCUGCCCAAAUGAGACAGGAAACGCUGGUUAUUGAAACUAGACUGUGUAAGCGAUUCAGUGAGUUACAUAAUUCAACCAUCUCGUCAUUGGAUAAUCAAAAUGCAGAUUUGAAUCUCAGGAUGCAGAAUUUGAGUACAUUGUUGGAAGGAAUAGAAAACAAAGUUGAAAGUAGAUCGGACUUAAACUUUGCAAACCAAAGCAAAAGAGUUGCCUUGACAGCAUGUGGAGGUGGAACUUACAACGAAGGGGACACUGCAAAGUUCAGCAGUAUCAAAGAAAACCAUGGGAUAAACAGUCUUGAUUGGUUUAAACAAUCUGGGAAAUUUACCUGUGAGGUGGCAGGAAUGUAUGUUUUCUUUGCUAGUAUGAUGUCUAGUUCAAACGAUGGAUAUUUCCAAUGGUUCACAAAUUCACGGUCACAAAGUGGUGUUUAUAUUUCACAUAGACCACCUUCAUAUGAAUCCGGAUCAGGCAUGUUAGCAGUUAAACUAAAUGUAGGCGACACCGUUUCUUUAAAAUGUGAUAGAUCAGAAAUUGUGACUUGGAUGGAGAAUGCAUGGUCAUAUUGGCACUCAUACCAUAUCUUCUUAUAACAACUUUAAAGAUUUUAUGACGUUUUUGUUGUGAUGAACUAUGUGAACAUGAGAUAUGCAUAUUGUGCAUUUUAAUGACUAAUUAUUGGCGUCGUUUAUUUUAAAAAAUAGAUAGAAGGCCAAAUUAAAUACGACGUUGUAGAUGAUGUAAAAUCGAUAAUUCUUUAAAAUGUUUUGCCGAAUUCAGUUAAGGCUUUAUGAAAUAGAAAACAAAAGAUAUGGUAUAAAUGUCGUGUACAAGUUGUAAUUUUGUACAGAUUAUAAAUAAAGACAACAGGAGUA